ACAGAGGUCUAUUUAUAGCUUUGCUUUUCAACGUAUUUAAAGACAAACACACAGUUCCAAUUUCUUUUUUCUUUACUUCUUUUUUAAAUUUGCAAAUGUCUUCUAACUGUGUUGAUUAUUCUGGUGCUGAAUAUUCCAAGUUCAGACCUACUUAUAAUCCUGAAAUCUACCAUUUUAUUUUCGAAUUUCAUGCUAAACAUCAAGGACAGAAUAAUCUGGCUCUUGAUGUUGGUACAGGCACGGGUCAAGUUGCCAUUGAGAUAUGCAAUACUUUUAAACAUGUUUAUGCCAUUGAUCCUUUAAGCGAGCAAAUAAAUAAUGCUGCUGCUCGUGAUAACAUUACCUACCAAGUCGGUAGUGCAGAAGAUCUAUCCCAAUUCCAAGAUCAUUCCAUUGAUAUGAUCACCGCAGGCACGGCUUUCCAUUGGUUUGACCACGCAGCUUUCUUCAAAGAAGCGAAGCGCGUACUUAAAAAAGAGACAGGCACAUUAGCUGUCUUUGGUUAUUUUUAUCCUGUCAUAAAAAAUGAACCUAAAGCUACAGAGUUAAUUAAAGCAUUACAUACGGGUGAUUUUGAAAAGUAUUCUAACCAGAAUCUGCGCUUCAUCCGAAACAUGUAUCGCGACAUUGAAUUCCCUUUCAAGCAUCAAACCUGGUACAUUACACCACCCUCGGAAGACGUCACACACAAGAGUGAAGUCAUUGACUAUUCGCUCAUGGUUAUUUCCAUGUCCAUAGAAGGACUAGGUCACUAUAUGAAAACUUCUUCUGCUUAUUCCAAUUACAUGAAGGACCCUGAGAACAAAGGCAAGGAAGACCCUGUAGACAAACUCAUUCAAGAAAUCAUGCAAGUCAUGGAUAUCAAGGACAAGAAACAUAUUGUUGAAUUGGAAUGGCCUACUGUCUUGGUUCUAUCAAAGAAUGAAUAGAUUACGGAUUUAUUGAGCAAUGUAAAGCUCACUUGUCGUAAUGCUUCAAAUAUAGAGGAAAAAAACAUUUGUAAUACAUAUAUUAAACUCACACUUCAAUAUAUAAUAAAUUGUCUGCCAAAUUUAUUCAAAAAAGAAAAACAUAUU